CAUCCCUCAAGACCUGCUCGACGUCGCCAUGGCCAAAUCUAAGAACCAUACCAACCACAACCAGAGCAAGAAGGCUCACCGUAACGGUAUCAAGACGCCUAAGAGCCAUAGGACGCGUUCGAUGAAGGGUGUUGACCCCAAGUUCCGCCGCAACUCUCGGUUCGCGCUGGUUGGCUCGAGAAAAGCUCGCACCGAGCAGAAGGCCGAGUCGACAUGAUCCUCCUUCCCCACAACCGAGCAGAGGACUCCGAGCGCCGGUGCCAUUCCCUUACGAUGAGGAGGGAGAGGGGGGCUUGUAUGCAUACGCCAGCCGGCCCCGGCUCGCGCGCAAGGCGACGUCGAUCCAUGUAAAACACCCACCACGAUCAUGCUGUGUAUGCACCCCCGCUAUGCUUAGGACUCGCCGAGCAGAAAUGGAAAAGCC